UAGCAGCUGCAUGAUUUUCUGACCAUUCUAUUGCUAGAGCUAGGGAUAAAAGCUCAUUUAUAUACACAAACGUCAAGUCUCCAGUUUCUAUUUUUCCUCUCUCUCUGUUCAUUCUCCUCCCCCACUUUGCAUCGAAGAAGCCAAACUCUGGCGUGCUUUAAACUCUUGAGGACUAAUCUGAAAGAGGAAGAAGAAUCUGUAUACAUUGGCUAGCAAAUGUUACCAUGCCCCGCCCUCUCCCAUCUUGAAAAUACCAGCAAUUCAUCUUUGCAAAGAAGUUUGCCUAGAGAGCAGGCACUUAUAAAAAUCUCCAGAGUAUCCAGAUUUACUCUGCAGCUCACCAGUGAGGGUUAGCUCGCCAAGGGACUGGUAGCAUAGAUUUACUGAAGACCUGGAACCUGCUUCUGAGAGCCACCACAAAAGGACCCUUAACUGUGAACCUUGAAGAGAGCAGCUUGGGCAUACUUUGACAUUACAAAAAAGAACAAACCACCGUAAGAAGGAACCUUUGUGAAGAGUACUGCAGUGCCACAAAGAGGCACCAAGCAAAUAUUCCUACAGAAUCAUGGAUGGACCUGGAAAUCUGACAAUGUCUUCUGCCAGUAAUAACACAUGCCAUGACAGUAUUGAUGACUUCCGCAAUCAAGUGUAUUCCACCUUGUACUCUAUGAUCUCCGUUGUGGGUUUCUUUGGCAAUGGCUUUGUGCUCUAUGUACUUAUAAAAACAUAUCAUGAGAAAUCAGCAUUCCAAGUAUAUAUGAUUAACUUAGCUGUAGCAGAUCUACUGUGUGUGUGCACAUUGCCUCUCCGUGUGGUCUAUUAUGUUCACAAAGGCAUUUGGCUCUUUGGUGACUUUUUGUGUCGCCUCAGCACCUAUGCCCUGUAUGUUAAUCUCUACUGUAGCAUUUUAUUUAUGACAGCCAUGAGCUUUUUCCGAUGCGUUGCAAUUGUUUUCCCAGUUCAAAACAUUAAUUUGGUUACACAGAAAAAAGCGAGGUUUGUGUGUGUUGGUAUUUGGAUUUUUGUUAUUUUGAUCAGUUCUCCAUUUUUAAUGGCCAAAUCUUACAAAGAUGAAAAAAACAAUACUAAGUGUUUUGAGCCUCCUCAGGACAAUCAGGCCAAAAAUCAUGUUUUGGUCUUGCAUUACGUGUCAUUAUUCAUUGGCUUCAUCAUCCCUUUUGUUAUUAUAAUUGUCUGCUACACAAUGAUCAUUUUGACCUUACUAAAAAAUUCAAUGAAGAAAAAUUUGUCAAGUCGUAAAAAGGCUAUAGGAAUGAUCAUAAUUGUGACAGCUGCCUUUUUAAUCAGCUUCAUGCCAUAUCAUAUUCAACGCACAAUCCACCUUCAUUUUUUACACAAUGAAACUAAAUCCUGUGAUUCUGUCCUCCGAAUGCAGAAGUCGGUGGUCGUAACUUUGUCUCUGGCUGCAUCAAAUUGUUGCUUUGACCCUCUUCUAUAUUUCUUUUCAGGGGGGAACUUUAGGAGAAGGCUCUCUACAUUUAGAAAACAUUCUUUGUCCAGCAUGACUUAUGUACCCAAGAAGAAGGCCUCCUUGCCAGAAAAAGGAGAAGAAAUAUGUAAAGAAGAAUUUAAACCCAUAUCCAGUGUAAACCAAUGAAGAGUUUUCCAAACAUUUUCUGAAAUCAUUUAUAAUAAAAAUAAAAUUUUCCAUUAACAAUUUGCAAAUACUUAACUUAUGUGUGCCUCCCAAUCUACCUCAUAUAUGCAUCACAUUAUUAGAUAUUUUAAGUGUAAAGAAUUCAACCCACAGCUAAAGGCUGUUAAUUAUAAACAGUUGUUUGAUCAUUCACCAGAAGGUGGAGAAUGCUUGUGUUUUUGCACUGUAAAACAUGGAUCUGAGAUCAAGGUUUUCCUCCACAAAUAAAAGCUUAACAAAGGAAAAAGACUACAUUUUUAAGAUAUAAAAUCACCAAAUAGUUCUCAAUCAUCCUAACAUAUCCCUUUGCAUGCAUGCCAUCAGAUGAGAACUGGAGAUGACCCAGGAGUUGCAUAAAAUGUACUGUCAGCCUCCUCCUUUGUAGUACUGAGUAGCGAGGCAGAGUAGAGUCAUUUCUUCCAGAAGAGAAUGUACAAGUGCUAGAACAUGCUAGUCUUUGGCCAAAUGUCUCUAAAAGUUCUGUGCAAUGUACAUUCUGGAAACUAAGGAAAAUAUAUCUGAUCAAAGGUCAGUAUAUCUCCAAUUUUCUUCUCCCCCUGCCUCAAGCCCCACAAAGACAAUGAUGGCCUUUUAGUUGUCUGUUGAGUUUCCUGUAAUAUUCUCUUCCUACAUGACAUAUAAGCCUUCCUUAAGAAGUCAGACAACUGCACUCCCAUAUAUGAACAGAAAUAAUUUAAAAAUUUAUCUGAAGAAAGGGAAUGGGAGGGUCUACUUUUCUAUGUGAUUAUUAUUAGGAACAAAUUAAG